GAGCAUUUGGCUUCCUGACAGAAGCGGAAGAUGUCUGACAAUGCAGAGUCCCCGACAGAAGCGCCGAAAGAAGAGUCCCAGCAGCCACUGCCGGACGACGCGGCGACAAACGAAGAGAAGAAAAAAAUUGAUGUCCUCUUGAAGGCAGUGGGUGACACUCCUAUAAUGAAAACAAGAAAAUGGGCAAUGGAAAGAGGGAGGACCGUACAGUCUCUUGCUCAGUUCAUUUCUCGUUUCCUCAAGCUUGAUGCCAGUGAACAAUUAUUCAUCUAUGUCAACCAGUCUUUUGCCCCAUCACCGGAUCAAGAAGUAGGGGUACUUUUUGAUUGUUUUGGCAGCGAUGGCAAGCUGGUCCUACAUUACUGUAAAUCUCAAGCCUGGGGCUAACUGCAUUCUUUAACGCCCUUUUCUAAACAUGCACAUAGUGUAUUUUUCCUCCUUGCAUAUUUGUUUUUGUUUUUUUUAAUGUACAUAUGUAUUGUAAAUAAAUUAUUGUGACAGCA